AUGCCCAGCCGCCCCGCCGCACCUUGCUCGCCCGCCUCGUGCGCACAUCGCCUCACGCCACCACCUCCUCGCUCGCCGCGCUUCGCAAGGCCGAAGCCUGCAGCCGUCGCUCGCUCGUUGGCCCCAUCCCCGCUGGCCCACGCGCCACCCUCCACCGGCCGAACUGCCACGCCCAACUCGCUGCAAGCCGCCCACGCCCACGCAUCGUUUCCGCCGCCGCCAGCGCUCGCCCCAACCACGCCCAAACGCAGCGGCAGCAACCGCCCCCGCGCACGAGCCGCGCCGCGCCCACGCUCGCUCCGCCUUGCAAAUCGCCCAAGACAAACUGUGCGCGUCUAG